GCUGCUCCAGCCGCAUCGCUACCAUGGCGGAAGACGGAGCAAGAAUUCCGUCUAUGUGACGAUGACAGCGCCGUUAAACAUCCGCAGCCAGGGGAUGGCCGCCACGGGUUCGAGCUGACCUGUUGCCCGGUGACCAAAGGCGGCCUCCGUACUUCAAUUUUGUAGCUGGCCUGAGACUAACUUUGCCUUAUUUUUGUAUUCACGCCAUGCCGGAAGUACAUCUCUGUUCAAGCUAAGGCGCUCACUUGGAUGCUUCGAGUUGGAACGGUGCCUUGAAAAAAAAAACAAAAAACCAAACAAACAAAGAACAAGAAAACAUAAGUUAUUGAACUUUAUUGGCGAAUGAUGGAUUCUCUGGACGAGCUAUCCCACGGACUGGCCAACUUAUCCAUGUUUCCCUACUUUGACAUGGCUCACUACGUCGUGUCUGUCAUGGCUCUGAGGGAACAGCCAGGAGCUCUGGAAGUUUCCCGCGUGAGCCCGUUGGCCUGCUGGUUCAGCUCCAUGCUGUACUGCUUCGGCGGCGCCGUGCUGUCCGGCAUCAUGCUGGCCGAACCGCCCGUGGCGCCGCUGUCCAACGGCAGCGGUGUGCUGCUUGCCUCGAUCCUCUGGUACCUGGUGUUCUACUGCCCCCUGGACCUGGUGUACGGCUGGGCGGCCCUCCCCCCUCUGCGCUUGGUUCUGUCGGGAAUGAAGGAAGUGACACGCACGUGGAAGGUGCUGGGUGGGGUCACGCAGGCGCGCGGCAAAUACAAGGACGGCUUGCUGGUCAUGAUCGCCAUCGGCUGGGCCAGAGGAGCUGGAGGAGGUCUGAUUAGUAACUUUGAGCAGCUUGUCCGUGGCGUGUGGAAACCGGAAACCAACGAGCUCCUCAAAAUGUCCUACCCCACCAAGGUGACGCUGAUCGGGGCGGUGGUGUUCGCUCUGCAGCAGACUCACUACCUGCCGGUCCACACGCACCACCUGAUGCUCAUCUACACCACCUUCACUGUAGUCAACAAGACGAGGAUGAUGCUGACGGGCUCCGCGACGUCGCCUUUCGCACCCAUCGAGUCGGUGCUCCACAAGACACUCUUCGCCGGCUUCUCCCCGUACGCCGCCAUCACCGCCGGGCCAACAAAUAACGGCGCCACGAGCGCGCCGACCAAAGUGCCGCCCGAGGCUCCCGCCAACGGGUCGUCGAGCGGGUCCCCCCAAGCCAAAAACACGGCAGCGAAGAAGAGCGAGUGACGAAGCCUUCUCCGUUGAGCCGUCAGAAACGUUCGUGAACUUGGUUGCCUUGGUGGAAUGUAUUUCUUAAGCUAACUCCAAUCAAGCCUCCACCUUGUUUUGGCGCUCUCAGACCAUCCCUGAGGUACUGUGACGUUAUCAGCCCGUUGCACACUUGCAGCAAAAUCUGUCUUAAUUUCAAAGUGAUGUAUUUAUUAUUGUACAUUGAGAAAUUAUGUAUUAUUCUCUGGGUUUUGGGAUCAAUGCUGAGCACCUGAAUGGCUUUUUUUGUUUUCUCCCGCUUCCUGCAAAUGCUAUUUUUCCUACACUGCAAAUGGGUAUGAUUGUAUUUUCUA